AUGAAUAUUAACAAUGAUUUUAAAAUUAUAAAUACUAAAAAUAAUACAAUAUACAACUGUAUAAUUAUUGGUGGAGGUUUAUCAGGUUUAAAUUGUGCUUAUAAAUUAAAGGAAAAAGGAUUAGAUUCUUUUCUUUUGUUAGAGGCGAGAAAUAGGUUUGGAGGAAGAACGGAAACAAUUAAACUUGGGAAAAACAAGUGGAUUGAAUUGGGUGGCCAGUGGAUAGGCAGCAACAGCCCGCUCUUAAGCAAACUUGUAAAAGAGCUGAAUCUGAAAACUUAUAAGCAAUACUAUGACGGUAAAACUGUAGUUGCCGUGGACUCUAUUACCAGCAAAGAGGUGGAUGAAGAUUGUUUUAGCUUCGAUGAUUUUGGUAUUGAAAAUUUAAGUUAUUUUAUAAAAGAGUUUGAUUUAACACUAUCCAAAAUAAACUUUAAAAAUUUGAACAACUCUAAAGAAUUAGUUGAUAGUUUGGAUGCUUUGUCUGUUCAUGAUUGGUUGAUCAGUGAAAAAAAUAAAAAAAAUGCCACUGAAAAAGUGUUGAUUUUUUUUGAUUGGGUAACUAAAAUGUCAAUUGCUUCAAGUUCUAAAGAUAUAAGUGUUUUGUUUUUUAUGAAGUAUAUAAAGUCGGUGGGGAGUUUGGAAGGUGUAUUUAUGUCGAAUGAUCAAACAACCGAAUAUGAAAGAGUUAUUGGCGGAUCACAAUUAAUAUCUGAAAGAAUGGCCCAAUAUAUCGGUAAAAAACACUUUAGACUAAAUAGCAAGGUAAUUGAAAUAAACCAAACUAACCCAAACAACCUGAUUAAAAUAACCACCGAAACUAACCGUAGAUUUUACUGUCGAAAACUUAUUGUAACUAUACCCCCUGCUUUAACGAAACUUGUUUCGUUUUAUCCAAAACUUCCUUUAAAGAAAAAAUUAUAUAUAAGUCAAUUGGACCAUGGAAACGCCAUUAAAGUUGUUGUUGUGUAUAAAACUGCAUUUUGGAGGGAAAAGGGCUACAGUGGAAAAAUAAUCUCUUUUGAAGGCCCAAUAAAAGACACAUUUGAUAAUUGCACCCACGAUAACCGGGUGAACUCUAUUGUUGGGUUUAUUGUUGGUAGCGACGAUGUUAAAUUUUGGAGUUCUAAAACAGUUGAUGAAAGAAAGCAUGCCAUACUUUCUCAAUAUGCUAAAUACUGGGGCGUAGAGGCAUUGCAUCCUAUUUACUAUAACGAAAAAAAUUGGAACGAAGAUUCAUUCUCUGGUGGUUGUUUUACUGCUAUCUGCGCACCCGAUGCCAACUAUUCAUCAAAUAGUAGUGACUAUCCAAAACCAUUUAAAAAUAUCCAUUGGGCUGGUACUGAAACAUCGAAUGAAUGGGAAAGAGUCGAUUUAACAUUAAAUAAUAACAGCUUUACAAUUAAAUAUAAAACCAAAAUACCAGAUGUAACAAUAUAUUUUAAUGAUGUAGAUAUAGAGGAAAAUGAUGUAAACUCGAUAUCACCAAAAACAAUCAACGAAAUUGAAAUGGACUCUAUGAAUCCACAACCAUCAUUUACUAUCACCUUAAAAACAAUAAACAAAAGCAUGUGGUGGAUUAUUGAUACCCACACUCAAGAUAUAUACAACCAAUGGGUUGGAACAAUAGGACAAUACAAAUCCAACCAACAGCCAUAUAUUCCACCUCAACAAUCAAUGCCUGCUCAGACCUAUUUGCCACCACCUGUAUAUCCACAAACACAAAUACAAACACCUCAAGAGCCAAUAAUAACCAAUGGUGGUGAUAUCGAAGAGAAUAGUAAAAAUAAAAAUAAAAAAAAUAAAAAGGACUCUUUUUAUUUUUCACAUGAAUGCAAAUUUAAAACAUUUGGAGUUUCGUUUUUGGUGUACUCAUUAAUAUGGUGUGGUUUAUUUGUAAUGCUUUGGUAUGUUUUAAUUUCGGAUAAUAUAGAAAAAGAUCCAGUUCCAACUAUUUGUACUUUAGUUUCAAAAGAUUCAAAAGUGUAUGGUCCACCAAAAGACAAUGGACUAUAUGACUACGAGGUGACCUAUACAUUCAGAUAUAUUGCCAAUGGCACCGAAAUCACCAGCACAUACUAUCAAAUCGAAGAGCCCUGUAUUGGCGCAUCAGCACUUAAGCCAGGAUGCGUAUUAAGACAAGUCCCAUCUGAUGGAACCAUCAGUUGUUAUUUCGAUAAAAACCAUCCAAGAAGGGUUUGGAUUGAUAAUACUUAUGAAAGCUAUAGAGAUUUAAAACAAAUAUUUAUUAUAAUUUUUAUUUUAUUAUUACCAUUAUUAGUUUUAUUAUAUUAUACUUGA